AUGGCUAUGAGUUCUUUUUUGAUCAACUCAAACUAUGUCGACCCCAAGUUCCCUCCGUGCGAGGAAUAUUCACAGAGCGAUUACCUACCCAGCGACCACUCGCCGGGGUACUACGCCGGCGGCCAGAGGCGAGAGAGCAGCUUCCAGCCGGAGGCGGGCUUCGGGCGGCGCUCCGCGUGCACCGUGCAGCGCUACGCGGCCUGCCGGGACCCUGGGCCCCCGCCGCCUCCACCGCCACCCCCGCCGCCCCCGCCACCGCCCGGGCUGUCCCCUCGGGCUCCCGCUCCGCCGCCCUCUGGGGCCCUCCUCCCGGAGCCCGGCCAGCGCUGCGAGGCGGUCAGCAGCAGCCCCCCGCCGCCUCCCUGCGCUCAGAACCCCCUGCACCCCAGCCCGUCCCACUCCGCGUGCAAAGAGCCCGUCGUCUACCCCUGGAUGCGCAAAGUUCACGUGAGCACGGUAAACCCCAAUUACGCCGGCGGGGAGCCCAAGCGCUCUCGGACCGCCUACACUCGCCAGCAGGUCUUGGAGCUGGAGAAAGAAUUUCACUACAACCGCUACCUGACGCGGCGCCGGAGGGUGGAGAUCGCCCACGCGCUCUGCCUCUCUGAACGCCAGAUUAAGAUUUGGUUCCAGAACCGGCGAAUGAAGUGGAAAAAAGACCACAAGUUACCCAACACCAAGAUCCGCUCGGGUGGCACGGCAGGCGCAGCCGGAGGGCCCCCUGGCCGGCCCAACGGAGGCCCCCCCGCGCUCUAG